AUGGAGAGCCAUAACCUAACUUGCAAAAACGGUAUCAUAAUCGGAGCUCUGGAUGUAUCUCCUCGAAAUGCACUUAUAUACUUGGCAGGAUUGCUAUACUGCUUCCUGGGUAUUGCUAUAGCUGCCGAUAUCUUCAUGUGUGCAAUAGAAAGAAUAACCAGCGCUACGAAAAGAGUCAAAAAAACCAAAGAGCAUAAACAACUUGUUGAUAACAAUCAAGUUGAUGACAGUGAAUUCGAAGAAGUUCAAAUAUGGAAUCCAACAGUUGCCAACCUAACAUUAAUGGCUUUAGGCAGUAGUGCCCCUGAAAUCCUCUUAUCCAUCAUUGAGAUUGUUGGCAAUGGCUUCAAAGCAGGUGAUCUUGGACCGGGAACUAUUGUUGGUUCUGCUGCUUUCAACUUAUUCUGUAUCUCAGCCAUUUGCAUCGUUUCUGUUAAAAACUCGGAAGUUAAAAGGAUCGAAAUGUUCCGGGUAUUCGUUGUGACGGCAUUCUUUGGAACAUUUGCCUAUGUAUGGUUGGUAAUUAUCCUUUCAUUGAUAUCUCCAAAUGUCAUUGAAAUAUGGGAAGCACUUCUUACUCUUGUUUUCUUUGGAAUUUUAGUUACUAUGGCUUAUUUAGCUGACAUCGAGGUUUGGAAAUCAAAGAAAGCCAAUUUGGAAGUAGAGCUUGAGACGAUGGAUGAUAAGAGAAGCUCUGCUAAUCAGCUUGAUGUACAUAUUAAACAAUACGCUAGUCAAGCUAGUUUACAGCCCGACGGAUCAAGAGUUAUUGGCAAGUUACCAACACCUUCUUUUGAAGAAGUUAAAAAGCUUUCACGUGAUGUCUCUCGAACAUAUCCAAUGCUGUCAUCAGAAGACCAAGCUCUAAUUUUAGCAUACAGAUUAAAACAAAAUACGAAACAUAAUCGUUUGUUCUACCGAAUUCGAGCUGUCCGAUGUAUGUCGUCCUCGUUCAAUAGAUCGGAAGAAGAAUGUGAUGUUCAUAAUUUACUGAAGAAAGCUGAGAGAAUUGAAUCGGAUGGAAGAGUCAAGCCUAUGAUCGAAUUCUCUGCAAGAGUUUAUGCUGUUGAAUCAAGCGACAAACAAGUCACACUAACAAUAUUGCGGAAAGGAUCUUGCCAGUAUCCUCUAACAGUCAACUAUCAAACCGUCAAUGGUUUAGCAAAGCGUGAUCUUCAUUUCCUGGCUAAAUCCGAAUCUGUACGAUUCGUCAGUGGAGAGACAGAAAAAGAUAUUCAUAUAACCUUAGUAGAGGGAGCAGACUGGAGACCAAAUCAUGUUUUCUAUGUUCAUUUGAAAAUUGAAGAUCAAGACGAAGCGGAUUCAGUGAAGUUAGGUCCUGCGGCUGUAGCCAGAGUUCGCUAUCCAGACGAUACCGCGUCACUAAUGGGUGAAGCAGGCGUAGAGUUUGUUCGUGCCAAUUAUGUUGUGUCUGAAAAUUGUGGGUUUGCCAGAGUUUUUGUCUCUCGAAGAGGAAGUAUAAGAAAAGGCAAAUGUACAAUCUCAUACGAAACAUUGGAUAUAACAGCACAGCAGAAGUUUGAUUACAUGCCUAUAGCAGAUGGAAAAUUACAAUUUGAUGGAUACGAAUACGAAAAAUAUAUUGACGUUGAGAUAUUGGACGAUAAACAGGAUGAGAAGGACGAAACGUUCAUGAUUGAGCUUCUGAACAUCAGCAACUCAGAAAUUUCGAUUGGAAAGAACAAGAAGACCAUUGUCACAAUCAUAUCGGAUGAUAACCUAUUGAAGAAUGUAACAAAUGUACGAAAGCUUCUUGGUCAUUACAUGCGCAAAAUGACGCCUGGACAGCGCACAUGGAAAGAACAGAUUCUGAAUGCAACUUCUGUUAAUGCUGGUGACUUGGCUAAUGCGACGCUUUCCGAUUGUAUAUUACAUGCUUUGGCUUUUCCUUGGAAGUUUACAUUUGCUUUUAUACCACCACCUUCCUUAUUAGGAGGUUGGCUAUGUUUCUUGGUCUCACUUGCCGUAAUUGGAGUUAUAACGGCUGUUGUUGGUGAUUUGGCUUCCAUAUUUGGUUGUAUGGUAGGUAUGAGAGAUGCUGUGACUGCUAUAACGUUAGUAGCCAUUGGAACAAGCUUGCCUGAUACUUUUGCAUCUAAAAUAGCAGCUGAAAAUGAUGCUACAGCUGAUAAUGCUGUUGGAAAUGUGACUGGAUCAAAUUCUGUUAAUGUCUUUCUUGGACUUGGAUUACCCUGGCUUGUAGCUUCCAUCUAUUGGACAGCCAAAGGAGAACCAUUUGAAGUCAUGGCUGGAAGUGUAGUCAAUAGCGUCAUAAUAUUUACCAUCUGUUCCAUUCUGUUUCUUGCGAUGUUGAUUUUACGUAGGAGUCAGGCCAUAUUUGGAAAGGGUGAAUUGGGUGGUCCAGGCGUUCCAAAGAUUCUGUGUGGAGUCUUCUCAUUCGUUCUUUGGAUCACAUAUGUAGCAAUCUCAACAUUAUUAUCAUAA